AGUGCACCGGAAUCAACCCGGGACGAAAACGUCUCGGUCUGUUUAUAUUUUGGAUUUAUUUAGUUGGACUGCUCAGCUCGUCCGUUCGUCCGCGCACCAGACGGCUGGGUUCCUUUCAAGCGACUCACAAAGCAAUAAAACUGGCCCCUCCGCUGCCUGUCACCAUGCCCGCCCUGCUGGAGAGACCCAAGCUGUCCAACGCGAUGGCCCGAGCCCUCCACAAGCACAUCAUGAGGGAGAGGGAGCGCAAGAGACAAGAGGAGGAAGAGGUGGACAAGAUGAUGGAGCAGAAGAUGAAAGAAGAGGAGGAGAGGAAAAGGACGAAAGAAAUAGAAGAGAGGAUGUCCUUGGAAGAAACCAAAGAACAGGUGAUGAAGAUGGGUGAAAAACUUCAAGGACUCCAAGAAGAGAAACAUCAGCUCUUUUUACAGCUGAAGAAAGUCCUCCAUGAGGAGGAGAAGAGGCGCAGAAAGGAGCAAAGUGAUAUCACAACACUGACAUCUGCCAGCUACCAGCCCAGCCUGCCCAUGCAUGCAGGGCAGCACCUGCUCAGUAUUCAAGGUAGUCCAGUCAGUCACAGUCGACCUGGCGCGCUGCUGGGAGAGAGAAGCAAACAGCUGUUUCCAGCUACUGUGAUUCCUGCACGACACUACCAGACACCCGGGUUCAGCUCCAGCUCGGCAGAGCACGGGCAGUUCAGCGGCGGACAGGGGGUCCAUGAGCCCUACGGGGUGGCCCAGGCCCAGCACCCCUCCACCUACGCCCCCGGGCCUUCUGUACCGGUCAGCUUUGCAAGCAGCUCUCAGAUUAGAGGUGCGUCUGCAUUCCAGGCCAUGCAGUACCUUCCUCACCAGCAGGCUGGUUACCCCGUCCACAGUCACUUCACCUCCCAGCCAGGAUACAUCGGAGCAGGGAUUCCUCUGCAGAAGCAGCUGGAGCACGCCAACCAACAGUCCGGCUUCACUGAUGCAGGCGCUUUGAGGCCGAUGCAUCCUCCCGCCAUGCACCCGUCUGCACCGGGCCUGCUGCCAACGCCAUCGAUGGCGGUGCAGAUUCCCACUGCAAAGGCGCCGUUCCAGAGCUCCCCCCAGGGGGCUCCUCGCCACAGUUUCCUCCCCCACAGCCAGAGCGGCCAAAGGUUCUACCACCACGGCAAGUAGCCGCCCCGCCCCGCCCCGCCCCGCCGCCUGCGCCGAGACGAGACGUCACAGCCUCACUGAAGAGCCGGAGGUGGAUCCAGAUCGUUCGGAUUGGAUUUUUUUAUCUUGUAUAAUUUCUUUGAGCAUUUUUUUUUUUUUUAACAAGUCGAUCCACAGCCGUCAAACUUCUGCGCUCCUGUGAAACACCCUGCUUUGAUUUAACCAUGAUUUUGUUGUUUCUUUGUAAAACGCCUCACUAUUUCGAUCACACUGAAGCCGUUAUUGCGGCGCUUUUGUGCACAGGAUUGUUAAUAACUCGUGACGAGAGGCGUGUCUCUGAAAACCAGCACUCGAGGAAAUCUUUCACUUGCCGAUCGACGACGCAAAUAUCAAACCACAGUAAAUAUGUCUGGAGUUUAAUUGCCACACUUUUAAUGUUCCAUCCCGGCCUUACUUUGAGCUCUUCUUGCUUGAGUGUUGUUAAAUAAACAGUUAGCCACGAA